ACGGCUCGUGAGUCGAUACAACGCCUCUGAGAAUAAUUCACCGACUCGGAUGUCAAAGUGGUCCGAGAAUCGACCACCUGCCAUUUACGGAAGGCAACACUGAUGCAGGCAAUAGCUCGACGAGGGUCAUUUAUUUGAGCCGGCUGUGUGCGUCGACCAACUGCCGUGAGCUAUCUGUCAGCACUCCUGAGACCAGCUAGACGUUGCUAUCUCCUUGGGCGCGGUUCACAACGACGCCCAUUUAUUAACCCGUCUGGUUGGUAGAGGUUAGGGAAAAUACUUGGCAGUGGGUAGCAGGAAGAUGGCGCCAAAUUUCCUCACAAAACUUGUCAGACCGUCGGCUGCCCAGAAUUCCGCAGUCCCAACUGGAAAUACCCCUGCCAGUGACGAACCGCGGCUCGUCAGCUCCAGCUCUCGGCGCUCCUCUAUCGCUGGCGAGCCAUACUCUCAUCUUGCACCGAGACCAUACAGUGAAGAGACAUCCGACACGCAUUCGCCCAGUUCCAGAGGUAGCUUCAAGAUAGGCGUCAUUCCUCCUUCGCCACAUCCCGCAGGCAGCCCCAUGUCUGGCUUCACCGACCUUCCUUCGACGGAGUCCGGACACAUACACGACGUUCCUUUUUCUACUCACAGACGCACACGUUCACAAGACCGGCAAGUACCUGACAGACAUGCGAUUUCACUCGCCGCACACACGAUGAACGUGAAUCCAGAGUGGGCCAUCUCUGAAGAGGUUUUAUCUACACCCCACCCAGACCGUCCUGAAGUCAGGGGCCCCACAACACUGGAAGCUUCUCCAGCACAGAGUCUGCGUCAACUUAGUCCCGCAUCUUCGACAGGGAACCUCAGAGGAUUGAUCGAUAAACAUACGUCUCGCAGCGCCACGGAACCUGAUGUUCCGAAUGUAGAGAAGAAGCCUUCUAAGCAAUCUAUCCGUAGCCGCACGCAACCCCCUGUCCCGUUGAAGCUCGAUCACAUUAACAAGUCCAAUGCAUGGCAUGAUGUGAGGAGCCGUCAGAACGGCCACCAUGAGGACGGCAAUAACGAAGCUAUGCUUUCGGGUGGUGCCAGUGGCGUAGUCGAGUCGCCCACAGCGGCAUCCUCGCAAAAGGCCGAGUCUCGUGAAUUCCUCAACCUACGUACUGACGUUGAUGCAACUUCGCUUCGGUCAGCGGCAAGCUCGACUUCGAAGAAAACAAAGCAAGCGGGAUCGGGCUGGCGCCGGCCCUCUGUGGGAAACCCUACACGUAAGAAUACAGGCAUUGCUAGUGCCCUCGCUGCCUCCGGUCUAGCAAUGGCGAAUGCGACAUCGCAGGUACCCCCUCUCCCAACUACCCCUUUACCUCAGACGCCCAGGAACGGCAACGCCCGGAACGGAUCAAAAUCCAGAGAAAGGACCAUGUCAGUCAACAAUGCAGCUUCCCCCUCCGUUUACUCUAUGCCAGGAACGAUCAAUGAUGGUAAUAGCGCGAGGCAAAUAUCCCUGAGCAAGAGUGAUUACUCGGACAGACAAUAUCAAUCAGAUUCAUCUGAAUCGACUGGUGGUUCGGAGUCGGACGACGAGUUGGACCUGAAUGAAGAGAACAUCCCUGUCACUGGUUUCGCAGUCGCGAGCAGUAAACGCAACGCAGACUUCCACGAGCUCUUCCCUAACAUCCCCGAGGGUGAUUACCUCAUCGAAGACUACGGUUGCGCACUGCAAAGGGAGAUCCUAAUACAAGGCAGAAUCUACAUAUCAGAAAACCAUAUAUGUUUCCACGCAAACAUAUUUGGUUGGAUCACCGACCUCUCCAUUCCUAUAUACGAAAUCACAGGGCUGGAGAAGAAGAUGACCGCGUUCGUCAUUCCGAACGCAAUUCAAAUCACCACCCGACAAGCAAAGUACACUUUCGCCUCGUUCCUAUCACGUGAUACGACGUACGAUGUUAUCGCAAACAUUUGGCGUCUCGCGCGCCCCGAGUAUAGCGUCACCGAUGGUCCCGGAAGCCGAACAAACUCUUCGCGGGAUAUUAUGUCUACACCAAGCGUUUCGGAGGCCGUGGCAGCUAAGGGGACAGCACCUGUGGCGGGCGCAAAUAAGGUGACCCACUGCUCGUGUUCCAAGAGCGGUGGUCAUUUGAACGAGGUGGCGCUCGAGACGGUAUUACCAGGCACCCCGGAGAAGAUAAACAACCUUAUGUUUGCGAGCGGGUUUAUCAAGCAUUUCAUGAGGGUGGACCAGAAGUUGACAGAUAUCCAGGUAUCCGACUGGACACCCGUCGCUCCAGGGUCCAAACUGCUAUCUCGAAAUAUGUCGUACAUCAAGCCGCUGAACAACAGCGUCGGGCCGAGACAAACCAAAUGCGAACUUCACGACGAAAGCGUGUACUGCGACUUCGACGACCACGUCGUGAUGAUGACAACCACCAAGACGCCAGACGUACCUAGCGGCGGCGUGUUCUCCGUGAAGACACGCACAUGUAUAAUGUGGGCGAGCGCGGUCUCGACGAGAGUGAUCGUCACGACGCAGGUCGAAUGGACGGGGAGAAGUUUCAUUAAAAGUCUGAUCGAGAAAAGCGCUAUCGAGGGUCAGAAACAGUACCAUUCCGACCUCGAUAAAGCGAUGCGGAUGUACAUCCAGGAACACCAAUCCGAGUUUAUCCCUGAAGGUUUCGACCCGUGUGCGGUUGCACCCGUCGAGCCGAUCACGCCUAUCGCAGAGGCAGCAGAACUCGCUUUGGACGGAGUGUCCGGCGAGGAGGUGUGGAAGGCUCGGGAGCGUGAUAGGAACAGGCGGGGUCUCCAAUGGGCAUACGACACCUUGGACGGGGCGUACAAUGUCGCGAAGCGGUCGACCAUGGGCGCAAUCGAACUCGUGAAGGAGGCAUGGGACCAGUCCUCGUCAACGACAAUCUUGUGGUUCGUCAUUGUGGCCUUGGUAUUCAGUAAUAUUUGGACGCUUUCUCUUGUUGGGAAGAGGGAGGAAGCAGGGAGGCGAAAGGAAGCAAAGAAGGCAGAGGAAAGGGAAAAAUGGGUGAAGGAGGUUGUCCAUAGUAUUUGGGAGGAGAUGUCGACACGACCAUCAGGGAGCUUCAUGCCAGCGUUGCAGCUGGGCCCUUCGACAGAUUGGAAGGCUGAGAUUGUAGGUAUCCGACAAGCACUGGAUGCGGUGGAGGAGCGGGUUAAGGCUAUCAGAGAGAACUUGGAUGCUUUGGACUAGUCCAAGUUCUCGGUGUUUCUCGCUGGGUGUCGGCGGGACUCGUUUGUAUUUGGUAUUUACUUUCGGGGGGGCACAUUCCUAUUGCAUGGCUCACCUCACCUAUUAACUAGUGAGAUAUCGUGCAGCCCAUGGUUUCUGGCACUUUGGAAGAAAGUGAUUU